GCGACCGACCGGCGGGGGAGGCAGGCAAGGCAAAGGAAAGGACAGGGGGAGUUUAGGCUGUGUCCCGUAUUUGGAAUAAGCAAGACUAGACUACAGUUUUGCUCUUGACGUGAAACCAGCUCCUCUGUAACCUUCAAAAACGGCCUGCAUUUUUGACGGCUAACUUACUGCCGGGCUGUUGGAACUCUUGAACUAACCACCGCGUUGAACUGUGAAGAAACUAAAUAGACAUUUGGACGAAGAAUGGGAUUUAAAGAACAUAUCUGCCAGCACUGAGUUGUGAAAACAAGGGAAUAUUUUCCAGUUGGAUGGAAAACAACUACACUGUCGAAAGGGGCCAAAUUCAGUAAGGCUCUGUUAACACUGUGCAUAUUGUAUGUCAACUCCCGGGGGAAAAGGAGCAACGAUGGCAUUUAAGAAGCAAGAAAAGUAACGUUAAUGCUAGCUCGCUGGCUAGCUACAUAGCUAGCCUAGCAGCUAACUAAGCCUGUGUCGCCCUUCCAUUCCUGGAGCAGAGGAGGGGCGCUGAGGCUUUGUAGCAUUGCAGAUCUGCCUUGCAUUUUUGGGUCCCUGCAAGAAUGGAGAAUUCUAAAUAUCCACCACAACAACUCAGGGGGAUCUGUUGAACCGAGUUGAUUGGAUUCUUUUCCCAUUUCUCACCGAGAGAAGACCAGAAAACUGCCACUUGACGUUUGGAUUUCAUCAAAUCAGCCGGCCCGGGGUAGCCAGGGUCUGUAACUGUGACUACUUAUUUUGCCCUGUGGGGAUAGCUUUUAUAAAAUGGGGACGUGCUACAUAUUUUAGACUCUGGAUCUUGACAGGGAGACCAUGACCUGGCCGGUUUUAACGCCGAUUUAGCCCAGGCCAACUAAAAAAGUUUUAUUAUUUUCGGGACACAUUUAAGAACUUCUCUACAGGCCCACUGUGUGCUAGGCCGUUGGCUUAUUUCCCCUCCCUAUCCCCUUCAUCAUCAUUCAUUACUUUUAAAAACCCGGAAUAAUCAUGUCGGGAGAGGUGCGUUUGAAGAAGCUGGAGAAGCUGAUGCUGGAUGGCCCGGCUCAGUCUAUCGGCCAGUGCCUGAGUGUGGAAACACUGCUGGAUAUCCUGGUGUGCCUCUACGAUGAGUGCAACAACUCCCCACUCAGAAGAGAGAAAAAUAUCCUGGAGUUUUUGGAAUGGGCUAAACCUUUCACUUCCAAAGUGAAGCAGAUGCGCCUGCACAAGGAAGACUUUGAGAUCCUAAAGGUGAUUGGACGAGGAGCCUUCGGAGAGGUUGCAGUCGUAAAAGUGAGAAACACUGACAAGGUAUUCGCCAUGAAGAUCCUCAACAAGUGGGAGAUGCUGAAGCGAGCCGAGACGGCGUGUUUCCGGGAGGAGCGGGACGUGUUGGUAAAUGGGAACUGCCAGUGGAUCACCACCCUGCACUACGCCUUCCAGGACGACAAUAAUCUGUACCUGGUCAUGGACUACUACGUUGGUGGUGACCUGCUGACUCUGCUCAGUAAGUUUGAGGACCGGCUGCCGGAGGAAAUGGCCAAGUUCUACCUGGCUGAGAUGGUGCUGGCCAUCGACUCUGUUCACCAGCUACACUACGUCCACAGGGACAUAAAGCCCGACAACAUCCUGCUGGAUAUGAACGGCCACAUCCGCCUGGCAGACUUCGGCUCCUGCCUCAAACUCAUGGAGGACGGGACGGUCCAGUCCUCCGUGGCGGUGGGGACUCCAGACUACAUCUCCCCAGAAAUCCUCCAGGCUAUGGAGGAUGGGAAGGGCAAGUACGGGCCUGAGUGCGACUGGUGGUCCCUGGGCGUCUGCAUGUAUGAAAUGCUGUACGGCGAGACUCCCUUCUAUGCAGAGUCCCUGGUGGAAACCUACGGGAAAAUCAUGAACCACAAGGAGCGCUUCCAGUUCCCGCAGCAGAUCACAGACGUGUCAGAGGAUGCGAAGGAUCUGAUUCGCAGGCUCAUUUGCAGCAGAGAGCACCGAUUGGGCCAGAACGGCAUCGAAGACUUCAAGCACCACCCCUUCUUUGUUGGCAUUAUCUGGGAAAACAUUCUCACAUGUGAGGCUCCCUACAUCCCAGAAGUCAGCAGUCCUACAGAUACCUCCAACUUUGAUGUGGACGAUGACUGCCUAAAGAACUCGGAGACCAUGCCUCCGCCCUCUCACACUGCCUUCUCCGGCCACCACCUGCCAUUUGUGGGCUUUACCUACACCAGUAAAUGUUCCCUAUCAGACCGGGCCUCCCUGCGGCAGCUGGCUGGGGAUCCGGGUAAGCCGGGAAAGGACCAGGUGGACCUGGAUGUCCAGCGCGGCCUGGAGGACAGCCUGGCCACAGAGGCCUACGAGAGGAGGAUCCGCCGCCUGGAGCAGGAGAAGUUAGAGCUGAGCCGCAAACUGCAUGAGUCGACUCAGACGGUGCAGGCCCUGCAGCACCCGUCAGGCGAGGGCCCUGUCGGCCCCAACAGGGAGGUGGAGAUCAGGAGUCUGAAGAGCGAGAUCGACAUCCUCAAGAAGCAGAUCGCUGACUCGGGUCAGAUUGAGAAGCAGCUGGAGGAUGUGUCGUUGGCCCGCAGAGACCUGGAGGACUCCUCCAAACACACCAGGACUCUGGAGAAACAGAUGAAGAGUGUCUCACAGGAGAGGGACGACAUGCACAAGGAUCUUUUGGAUGCCAACGAGAAGCUGAAGGCUCAGUCGAAGGACCUGAAGGAUGCUCACAGCCAGAGAAAAUUGGCAAUGCAGGAGUUUUCAGAGCUAAACGAGAGGCUCACAGACCUCAGGUCGGUGAAGCAACGCCUGGCUCGGCAGCUGCGUGACAAAGAGGAGGAGGUAGAGAGUCAGGGUCAGAAGGUGGAGGCACUCCGCCUCGAGGUGCGAAAGGCCGAGAGGGCCAAGAAGGAGAUGGAGGCGCACUCUGAAGAGCAGACAGCAGAGGCACAAAAAGAGAGGAAGCUGAGGGAGCGUAAUGAGCAGUACAGCCGACAGCUGGAGGAGGAGCUGGAGGGGCUUAAGGUGAAGCAGGCCGGCUCCUCCACCCCCGGGGCCUCAGCAGACCAGACCCAGGAGGUGGGACGCCUGCGCGGGGACCUGGAGAAGAAGACGGUCCAGUACGAGGAGGAGUUGGCGCGCAGGGAGGGCCAGCACAGCAGUGAGCUGAAGGCUCUGCGCAAAGAGCUGCGGGACGCUGAGAGCCAGCACCUUGCCCUGCAGAAGGAGAUCCUGAUGCUCAAAGACAAGCUGGACAAGACUCGCCGGGAGAGCCUAAGCGAGAGGGAAGAGUUUGAGACCGAGUACAAGCAGAAGUACGAGAGGGAGAGAGUCCUGCUGACCGAAGAGAACAAGAAGCUGUCCAGUGAGCUGGAUAAGCUCACCAGCAUGUUUGAGAAGAUGAGCAGCUCCAAUAGGCAGCUGGAGGAUGAGAUGAGGGAGCUGGCCGACAAGAAGGAGAGUGUGGCUCACUGGGAGGCCCAGAUCACGGAAAUCAUCCAAUGGGUGAGUGAUGAGAAGGAUGCUCGGGGUUAUCUGCAGGCUCUGGCCACUAAGAUGACAGAAGAGCUGGAGGGACUGAGAAACACCAGCCUGGGAGCGAGGGCCACGGACAUGCCGUGGAAGAUGCGGCGCUUCGCCAAGCUGGACAUGUCGGCCCGUCUGGAGCUGCAGUCGGCCUUAGACGCUGAGAUCAGAGCAAAGCAGGGCAUCCAGGACGAGCUGAACAAAGUCAAGGCUAACAACAUGUCCACGGAAUGUAAACUGCAAGAUGUGGAAAGUAAAAACCAGGAACUCCUCGCAGAGAUCGACAGGCUGAAGAAAGAGACGGAGGAGCUGCGGCUACGAAGAGGUGUCAAGCACCAGGAUUCCCAGAAUUCCUUCUUGGCUUUUCUCAACGCCCCCACCUCAGCGCUUGACCAGUUUGACCGCUCGCCAUCCGUUGGCCCAGCUAGCAAAGGCAGACGCGUGGACUCUAUGGAUAACUUCACCCCCUCUAACACUCCAUCCAGGGAAGAUGACCCUAAGCUGCACCUCAAGUCCCGCUCGCGGUCACCCUCCAUGGCCAGUGACAUGGAGCCCAUAGAGUUGAUAGACCACCCUCCUCGCACAGUCCAGACCCCCACCAUGCGCUCAGGAGGGUACGGCAGUAUUGGACGCUCCUCUCCUAAGCCCAAAGCCCAUCAGUUUGUGGUGAAGUCCUUCAGCACCCCCACUAAGUGUAACCAGUGUACUUCCCUCAUGGUGGGGCUCAUACGUCAAGGCUGUACCUGUGAAGUGUGUAACUUCUCCUGCCAUGUAACGUGUGCGGACAAGGCUCCAGCUGUGUGUCCCGUGCCCCAGGACCAGACCAAGGGCCCGCUGGGUAUCGACCCUCAGAGGGGGAUCGGUACUGCGUAUGAAGGCACCGUCAGGGUGCCCAAACCGACCGGGGUGAAGAAGGGUUGGCAGAGGGCGAUGGCUGUGGUGUGUGACUUCAAACUGUUCCUGUACGAACUGGGAGAAGGAAAAGCAACUCUGCCAAGUGUCGUAGUCAGCCAAGUCAUAGAUAUGAGGGAUGAAGAGUUUUCAGUAAGUUCUGUCCUGGCCUCUGAUGUCAUCCAUGCCAGUCGCAAAGACAUCCCCUGUAUAUUCAGAGUGACGGCAUCCCAGCUCUCCCCCUCCAGCAACCACAAGCCCUCCAUCCUGAUCCUGGCCGACAGCGAUCAGGAGAGGAACAAAUGGGUGGGCCUCCUCAACGAGCUGCACCGCAUCCUCAAGAAGAACAAGCUGAAGGAGCGUUUCGUCUACGUCCCCAAGGAGGCCUACGACUGCACCCUGCCGCUCAUCAAGACCACCCAGUCUGCUGCUAUCAUAGAUCACGAGCGUGUCGCCCUAGGCAACGAGGAAGGCCUUUUUGUCAUCCAUGUCACCAAAGAUGAUAUUAUCCGGGUGGGGGACAACAAGAAAGUGCACCACAUCGACCUGAUCUCCCAGGAGCUGCUGCUGGCGGUGAUCUCCGGCAGGAACCGCCAUGUCCGUCUCUUCCCCACGCAGGCCCUGGACGGCCGCGAGACCGAGUCCUACAAGCUGGCAGAGACAAAGGGCUGCCAGACCAUCGUCUCCGGCCCCGUGCGCAACGGCUCCCUCACCUGCCUCUGCGUGGCCAUGAAGAGACAGAUCAUCUGCUACGAGGUGAAUAAGAGUAAAGCUCGUCACCGCCGGCUGAGAGAGGUGCAGGCCCCGGGGCCCGUUCAGUGGAUGGGUCUGCUCAGUGAGCGUCUCUACGUUGGAUACCAGUCUGGAUUCACACGCUACAGUGUACAUGGUGACGUAUCCCCCGUCAACCUGCUCCACCACGAGGACCACACCCUGGCCUUCAUCCCACAGCAGGGCCUGGAAGCACUGUGCGCCGUGGAGAUCUCCAGCAAGGAGCUGCUGCUGUGCUUUAGCUCCAUCGGGGUGUACGUGGACUCUCAGGGCCGCAGGUCCCGGCAGCAGGAGCUCAUGUGGCCCGCUGUCCCCAUCUCCGCCUGCUACAACGCCCCCUACCUGUCGGUGUACAGUGAGAACGCUGUGGACGUGUUCGACGUCAACACCAUGGAGUGGAUUCAGACCAUCCCUCUGAAGAAGGUGCGACCUCUGAAUGUGGACGGCUCUCUGAACCUGCUGGGCCUGGAAACAGUACGGCUGAUCUACUUCAGAAACAAGUUGGCCGAGGGUGAUGAGCUAGUUGUCCCGGAGACGUCAGACAACAGCAGGAAGCAGAUGGUGCGCAGCAUGAACAACAAGAGACGCUUCUCCUUCAAGGUGCCAGAAGAGGAGCGGCUUCAGCAGAGGAGAGAGAUGCUGCGAGAUCCAGAGAUGAGGAACAAGCUGAUCUCUAACCCCACCAACUUCAACCACGUGGCCCACAUGGGACCAGGAGACGGGAUCCAGAUCCUCAAAGACCUGCCCAUGAACGUCCGUGUUCAGGAGAGCCGGGCGGGCUUCAGCGGCUCCGUCAGCAUCCCCUCCAUCACCAAGAACCGGGCGGAGCCGGGCCGCUCCAUGAGCGCCAGCAGCGGGCUGGGCAUACGCUCCUCCUCUCAGAACGGCAGUGCGCUCCGCAGAGAGCUGUCGGGAGGAAGCUACAGCUCCAAACGGCAGACCAUGACCUCCCCCUCGGAGAGCUCCCUGUCCUCAGGGGGGGGCAUGGACUGCGGCGACGCCCCGCUCUCCCAGUUUGACAGAGAGUGGCAGGCGGUCUCCCCGUCGGAGAAGACCCCCGAUCUGAAAAGGGCUUUAAGGACCCUGCUUAGUAAGAUGAAGGACUCGGACUCCCCCCGUCACUCCACGGCCUCCAACAGCUCCACCUUCAGCAGCCCCCCCAGCCCGGCCUCCCCACACAAGGCCAAGUCCCUGUCCCUGGAGAGCACAGACCGGAUGGGCUGGGACACAUGAGCCUCCGCCUGAAACCUCUUCACCCCCCGCCAGCCCCCUGACCGACAGCACAGGACUCCUCCCCCGCAACCUCUCACAACCUUUAUGACACCCCCCCCCCCCCCCUUCACUGCCCAGAUAACUGCACCUCCUGACGAGCAUUUGUCCCACUUCAUGACCUCUAUUUGUCUUAUCGUACUUCCAAGACUCGUCGUCUCUCCGAGGGAUAACUUUAAAAAUGAGUGUACAUGUAGGUGCUGAUGUUUGAGGUGUGUGUGUGAGUGUGUGAGUGUGUGAGUGUGUGAGUGAGUGUGUGAGAGUGUGAGAGUGUGUGAAGCUGUAUGCGCUUGCCAAAAAGCGUGUGUGCAUGUGUUAAUUCAGAAAGGGCAUACGAUAUAGGAAUGAAGCGCUCCCGUGUUUUUGCUAUCAACCGAAGCGUCAUUGACACUACUCUGUCCCCCCCACCCCCCACCCCCUCCCACGCUGAGAUUCAUUCAGAGACUCUAAAGCCUCACGAUGCAACAAAAAGAGAAGAGGAUCAUAAUGAGAGAAGAGGAUUUGUACUUGUACAUAGGACCCGUUGGGUUUGAGGGGACGAUAUUUUAAUUUAUUUAUCAAUCUUAGAAGGGAGGCUUGUUUUUGCUUCAUGGCCAGAAUCAGACGGGUGGAGUUUAGCCUCUCCCCCCUCACUUACCCUUUCUUUGCUUUCUCUUUGGGUGCUGCAAAAAAUUCAAAAUGUAACAAAAAAAAGGAGAAAGGAUUAUUUUUCUUUUGCUCAUGAUAUUACGUGCGGUGACUUUAUACUAUUUUUUAUUUUGACCGUCAGCAAAAAGCUACUAUGACAUCAUCACAUCUGUGCUCUCUCCUUAUUGGUCCAACGCGAGUGACAUCAUCGUCAUAGUGUAGACGCUCCGCCUUGCUGUACAACCAAACUGACCAACCAUCACAAUAAUGUACAUAGGUUGAAAGUAGAGAGUAAUAUAUGAUAAGGAAAUACUUUAGAGAACUACACAGGAGAGACCAAGAAUCCUCUUCAUUUCCUUUGUCACAAAAAGCCAUUUUAAACCACUUUUCUUUUUUACCCAUUGAUUUUAGAUUUGUUUUAUAUUUUAUGUAUGACACAUUGUUUUUUUUCCCCCACUCUGUUUGCGUUUGGAUCAACACUACUGUAGAGUGAACAGUUAUCACACAUGUAUCCACACACACACGCACUCUGAGGUGGUGUUUUUAUGCCUUCGUCCUGCUCCUCCUCCUCCUCCUCCCUGUCCGAGGAGGAAGUGAUCAUUUACGGUUACGGAAUAAAGAUCAGUGUUGAUUUAACCAAAAACUAAAAAAAGGACAAUAGAGGACGAUCUUUCUCAUGUAUACUCUGACGACACAUUUGUUUAAAAACACUACAAAGCAGAAUGUAACACUUAAAGUCAGCACCGUUUGUCUUGAUAAAGCGCAGAUGAUUUAACCUCAGAGCUUCCUGUGGUCUGUAAGGGCUGGAUGUUAGAAAGGCCUCGGAAAUAAAGUACCUGGAACCCCCUGAUAGGAUAGUGCUUCGGUCGAGGGCAGAAGGGUGUCAAACUGUAGGGGGGCAACAUUAAACUCUAAAUAAAAUGUGGUCUAACGUGGUGUCAUCUGUCCUCUGAUACCGGCCUGUUGUUGGUGACUCUUUAAGACUCAGAAUCUAUUCCAUUGUGUGUUAGAAAGGGACACAAAGCUAAGCGGCGCUAACACGAUCCAUUCCAAGUGUUUUCUUUUAAGUAUUCCAUUUUAUAUGAAGAGAAGGGGGGAGGGGGGUCUGCUGGUUUUAUUCCAAAACAACCACCUAUUUUAAAAAGCUAGUGAGUCUCCUGCAGUUUCUGUAGAAUGUAUUAGAUAGAUGGGGAGGGGUUGGGGUGUUUUAUUAUUGGCCCAUAUUGUACAGAAAAACGGAUCCUACACAGAAAGAGAAACUCAGGAAUUGUCAGAAGAACCAAUGAAUAAUCUUCAUGGAUGGAUGGUGAGGAGAGCUGUACAGUAGAGGUGGAGGCGGCAGGAUAAAGGUGGAGAAAAUGCGUUGAGGGUGGCAGGGGGUUUAUGGCUCAGGUGCCACAGUGGUAAGAAAAUCAACAAAAAAAAAUUCAAACGCCUUUGCAUUUCAGUGAGGUCUUAUCUACAGUACCUUCUAUAUUAUUUUUGCUCUUUCAUAUCAUAUUACACUUUGUUUUUUUUUCUAGGAUUGCUUUGUAAUAAUUUGUACAGUUUUGCAUGUUAUAGAUGUAAUCAUUUUUGUUUUCGGUUUGUUGUUUUACUUGCUCCUUUUUUGAACGGUUUGGGCGUUUUACUGAGGAUAACCCACUACAGGUGAUGUAGAUUCUUUUUUGCACAAAAAAAAAAAUAUUUAAGGUGUAAGGUCAAAACAAAAAAUAAUGUAUGGAACUGGCUGCCACACUGAUGUGGAGAACUCAUUAUAUUAACCUGACUCCGAUGUAUUUCAAUAAAGCGGAGGGCUGUUACAAAUACAAA